AAGAAAACGAAGCACACGAGCUGUCAAAAUUUAGCUAAACAAUUUUGUCAAUACACCAACCACAGCGACGCUUGUGCGGUCCACAAUUCCGCCCAAAUACGCCAAUAGCUAACAUCGUGCCCGAGCCUGCUCCAUAUUUUCAUCUAGAUUAAUGCAACAAUACUAUGGCUGAGUUAUGCAAUUCCCUGGCGUGCCGGCUGUGCUUGCAAAAACAGUUCCAGCUGCUUCCGAUGUUCCCAGCAAACGAGCCCGUGAACGACGAUCUGCUGCGGAAAAUAUACGAAUGCGCAUCGGUGCGAAUAUCGUACGAGUACGAUCAAAGUUCCGCCAUCUGCAUCAAGUGCAUCGUGGAUGUGGAGCAGUUCUACACCUUCAAGCAGCGGUGCGUGGAAAACGAUGUGCUGUUUCAGAAAUUGCGCCAGGACUGCAGCGAACGCGGCGGCUUGGAUGAGGGCGAAUUCGAGGGUGUUCCGUUACCGGAGACAGAGUUCAUCGAGCCCAUAACGAACCUGGAUUGUCCCCGACCGGAUGCAUCGAAAGCGUUGGAAUCAUUCGCUGGACCGUCGCAGCUGACGCAGAUCGGGUACAAUUAUCGCAUCGUGCGCGUGAACGGUGAAAGCGAUGUGCUAGUUUACCACAAGCACCGGUUUUACCAGCCGGAACCGAAAGCGGCCGAUUCGAACAAGUGGAUCUGUGUGGCGUACGCAUCAAAUAACUGUCCGGCUAGCAUUACCAUCCCGUCGUCGGGUGGCCUUCCGCUAGCCUUGUUCACAAAGUCCGUACGUCAUAAUCACAGCGAGAGCAUAGUGCAAAUGAUAGGAACGGCGGAGGAACCGGGUAGCGAAGAGAUAGUUCAUUCCGAACCCGGCUAUGCACUUGUCGUCGAUCCCAGCCGGCGAAUGCGACUGUUGGCCGGUGGGUACCGGUUUCGACUACGCCACGCAAUGUUUGGUGCUGGCAGAAGUUUGUGGGCCUGUGUACGGACGGAGUGUUCAGCCAGCGUUCAGCUAUCAUACGAAGACUCCCGGACGUGCAUAGUGGGCGACGAAUCGCAUUGCCACGAGAUGGAAUCAAGUCUGCCUUUGCUCACUACAAACACAGAGCUAAUGGCCCAGCAAAAGCCAAAACAACUGGUAAGAACAUACGGACUCAAUUAUUUCAUUGCCGAAGGGGCACUAGUGUACAGCGGAAACUAUUACAAGCCACAUGAUUCCGCUGACCAUGCUGGUGCAGACCAAGCGGCGGUUUGGAAAUGCCGGAUGAAAGAUUGCGCCGCAAAGGUUGAGAUACAGCAUAAAACGAUUGCCACGAGCACUGGCAACCAUAACCAUGCUCGACAAAUCACGAAAACCACCAAUGCGGUAGCAAAGCAAACCAUACAGCAGGGUGUAAACUAUCGGCUGAUGGUUGAAGAGCACGGUUACGUACGAUUGCAGCAUCGGAAGCAAAAGUACGCGCUACAGAAGCUGCUCCCAAACGGCACAUCAGAGUGGGCCUGCGUUGGCAAGGUGUUGGGCUGUAAAGUAAUGCUAAGAAUGCUCCCCGACGAGCAAAUCGUGUAUGGCUGCACCCAAAGUUCCACGGUAAAACACGAGCAUCGGGUAGGAAAUGUGUUGGAGCAACAUUUUCUCCCCGACGCAGCUGGUGGAGAGAAAGCCCCUGGGACGGAGCGGAAAUUAUGGUGCACUCCCGCCUAUGAACUGCUGUGGAAUCGUAACAGCAAACCAAUCGUUCGCCGACAGGACUACCGGUACUACGGGCGAACAGCGUACGUAAACGGUGCCAUUGAGUGGCACUGCGUCCGGGGAGUUGGCACCCAUUGUGAGGCAACGGUCACAAUCGGCAAGUGUGGCGAGAUUGUUGCCGAACACCCGGUACACGAUCACGAGCGCACGCGAAUUGACCAUUUGCAUAGGAUGCAGCACACAUCGGGGCCGAAUCCUAGCUCGCGUGAUAUUUUCACCAGUCCUGGGCCGGUUCGCUUAUUGGCCGGAGGCUUCAACUACCGCCGGAUGCACGACGAUCAUCUAAACAUCGAUAUCGUCGUACACGUUGCCCACAAGUACUUACCCGACGGUUCCGGCACGAAUGGCUACCACUGUAUCCUGCGCGACGGAACGCAAGCCUGUCCCGGCAAAAUCGUGCUCACGAACAACGCUCUCUGUGCCGAGAUAGUGGCGACGCACAACCAUUUGGCUCGCGCGGUGCCAAAGAUUGUAGAGCCGGACCGUACUGCGCAGGUGAUCGUGGAAGGCCCGAACUACGAACUCAUCUACUCGAUGACCGGGCGCAACUGUUUGCUACUGCACGAGGGGCACGUUUUUCGGGUGUACAAGCUGCAGGAGCCAACCCAAACUUCCCGCUGGCGCUGCAUCCACAGUGAGGCCGGAUGCAAAGCGUUCCUGAGCGUGCCGCUAACGCUCAGCAAACCGGCAACCAUGGACGAUCAUCCGCACGAUCAUUCUAGGGUAAGGCAUGAUAGCACCGCCAACCUCGUGAAGGUGAAAGAGGAAAUCUCCGACGAUUCGAAACGGGCCCCGGCGAGACGCCGUGAAACGUACGAAUGCAUUAAAACGGAAGAUUCGCCCCGGUUGCGGCCACGCGCCGUGCGGGAAACACUCAGCACGGAGGAUGUGAAGGGGACGCUGGCGCUUAUCAAUCCAACGACCUCGGAUGACCAAUCGCACGAGCUUACGCUGAGCAUGUUUCAAGACAUUCGCGGCACACUGAUCAAGGAAGAGAUGAAGCGCGAAAUGCUGCAGAUUAAGCCAGAUCCCGACGCCAUGACCUGCUUCCUGAAUGGCCAUCUGUACGUACGCCAGUUUGAGGAUCUCGAAUCGCUCGAAUCGCCGGAAUGGCUCUGUGCCUUCCAUUGGACGCUGGGCUGCAAUGCGCGUUUGAGCGAUCUCUCCAUUCACACGCACGAACGGUUUGCCACCGUCCGCACGAACGACCGGUUCAACAUGCUGAAAAAUCUGAUCUCCCAGGGUUUGGUUGGCCAGCGGGGGGUUAUUACGCAGAUGCCCGGCGGCCAAAAGGUGUCAGAGUACGAGCUGGUGCCAAGCAACGGCAACCUUUCGCUGAUGAUUGACGAGAAUCGGUACUACUUCUACAAGGCGAAAAAUAACGGCGAAUGGUUGUGGCGGUGCGUACGGUACCGCUGGCAGGGAUGCAAGAUCGGGGUGGCCGUUUCGCACUGCUUCGGGAAGUAUUACUACCAGCCGUACGGUAAGACGGAACACGUACACACUCCCUAAGCGUAGAUGGAAGCAAGGCUCAUCCAUGGCCAAGCUGAACGUUUCGCAGAUCCGUUUGUAUGUCACAGCGGGACCGCUAUUGUGCUUAGCCCAAGCCCUUAAGGCUCGAUUGGAGCUCGCAGGGGCUAGGGCAGCCCCUGUUUUAUAUUUUAAGUUAACAUUAAAAUGUCUUGUAGAGUACGAACAACUACUAGCUUCUGUCUUGAUGUGAGCAAAACAUAACGAUACAGCUGUGUACAGACGAGUUCUACCAACAUUAUGCGCGAUCGUGUGAUUUCUUCAAGCGCAUACAAUACUAGUAAAAAUACGUUACAAAAUAAAUGUGCUAAGUUUGAUUCGAACCGAAA